GCCACCUGUAUGUUGGCCCGCCGCGACCCAAAUCUGUCAUGUGCCGGCCCGCCGUGCCCCUCUGUUCGCCGUCGACCGGCCGGCCACUCGCUAUCACUCUACCUCGCUAGAAAGUUCCAAACGACUACGGCAUCCUCUGACUCCCCCGCUCUCGGUCCGCAUUUCCAUUGUGCUUUCUCCGUUGCAUGCAGCCUCGCAUCUAUUCUAGCCUCCGCCCUCAGCUCACCACCACGACCCGAGGGAAAGGGAGAGGGGACGAAUGGCGAGCUCUCAGUGCUGCGAUAACCCGCCAGCCCUGAACCCGGCCUGCGGGAAGGGCAAGGUCGUCGACAGCUUCGGCGGGCUCAAGGCCUACGUCGCCGGCCCCGAGGACUCCAAGGCCGCCGUCGUCCUCGUUGCCGACGUCUUCGGAUUCGAAGCGCCGAUUCUGAGGAACAUAGCCGACAAAGUUGCUUCGUCAGGGUACUUUGUUGUGGUACCAGAUUUCUUUCAUGGGGAUCCUUAUGUACCUGAGAAUGCUGAGAAGCUCAUACCUGUGUGGCUGAAGUCACAUACUCCGGAAAAAGGGUUUGAAGAGGCAAAACCAGUUAUCGCGGCUCUAAAGGAGAAGGGAGUGUCUGCCGUUGGAGCUGCAGGGUAUUGCUGGGGUGCAAAGGUCGUUGUGGAGUUGGCAAAAGCAAAUGAGCUCCUCCAGGCUGCUGUACUAUUUUUUUUUUCCAAUAUAACACCAGAGGUCAAAUGCUCAAUCUCUAUACUUGGAGCUGAGAUGGAUGUGAGGUCCCCACCAGAGUUAGUCAAGCAAUUCGAGCAAGCCCUUUCUGUGAACUCAGGGGUUGGUCACUUCGUCAAGGUCUUCCCUGGCGUGGCGCAUGGGUGGAGCGUGAGAUACAGCCUCGAUGAUGCAGCUGCCGUGAAGAGCGCUGAGGAAGCCUUUGCGGACAUGCUCGACUGGUUCAACAAGAACCUAAAAUGAACUCUGCAGUUGCCAUCAUGCCUUGUAAUAAUAAUGCGUAUUCCAUUGUCCUGGAAUCGGGUCUGCUGUGGUAGGGCUGCCAUUCAGAGUUGAACAAAUCAUUUAGAAAUCAUUAUGUUGCUCGGCAACAGAUUAAGACCCUAUAUUGUACAACUCAACUUCACUAGUAAGGCCCCGUUUCAAUCUCAUGAGCUAAACUUUAGCUUCCUGCUAAACUUUAGCUAUAUGAAUUGAAGUGCUAAAGUUUAGUUUCAAUUAUCACCA